AUGGACUAUUUCUACCCUUCGGGUGAUCAUAUGGAUGUUGAGGAGACAGUGGUAUAUGAGAACUACUCAUGCUUGCACUCUUUUGCCGGCAGGGCUAAGGGCGUGGCUGAUGACAGACAUACUGGCGGUGUUACCUCUCGGAUGCCACCGUCGAUCCUUGGUGGUGAGUUUGCCUUCGAUGCCCCUGUCCCCCGCCCCUCUGUUCCUAAGAGGAAUUUCGUCAUUCCUUCUUUUGCUGAGGCUCCUCUACCCUCGGGGAGGCGUUCUAGGCGGGCGUCUUCAGGCGUCUCUUUACCUAAGGAGAUGACUCCGCGCUCUUCUACUCCCUGCUCCACUGCGGAUGGAUCAGGACCUUCUCGGUCCCCAUCCCUGCCAAAACGUGCCUCGGCAGCCAUGUCAUCUGAAGAUCUGUUCGAGCUUUACAGUGAAGUUGUACCUGCAGCUCCUUCGAGCAAGAAGAAAGGGAGUAGGCCACAUCGAGGCGAGAGAAGCAAGAACCCCCCGACGAAAAAAGCUCGGACUAGGGAUCCUCCAGCGCCAGUUCCUUCUCGGGAAACCACACCUCCUCCGGCCCCCUUCGAUCAGACGUCUCCCUCAGCUCCUGUCGAUCAGACUCCUCAUGCAGCACCUGCCGACCGAUUACCUCCUCUCGCACCUGUUGACCAGGCACCUCUUGAUCAAACAGGAGAUGCCCUGAUGAGUAUCGUGCUUAGCUCAGCCAAGGAUAGGAUGAAAAAAAUAUCAAGGCAUCGACGCAGCCGAGAGGCCAUCAUUGGCACCGACUCCAUGGAGGUCGACCAGAUAAUUAACCGUGCGCUGAAUGAAAUAGGCAGUGAAGCCUUUAAACUCCAAGAUGACCUUGUCAUUAGUAGAAAGGAGACUGAGGGGCUGGAGGAGUGCAUAAAAGAGCUCGAGGAGACCAAUGCCAGCAAUUUGGAGAGAUAUAAGGGUGCCACCUUCAACUGCUUUUACAAUUCUGGAAGCAUAACCGCAAGGCUGACUUCAUCUAUCUCUCCGAACGCCUGA